UCCACAUCCAAUUUGAUCUAAGUAAUUCAUAUAAGUAGCUAGCCUAGCCCUGAAAGCUUUGAGAAACUCAAUCAUGUCAGAGUUUAGGCAAGACCUGCAUCAAGAAAGGGGCUUGAAUAUAGAAGUCCUGACCCAGUUCUCUAAUAUGACAGAGAGCAUGUUAGAGGGUGGCUUGGAGAACUUAUUGGGCUACCAUUUCCAGAUACCAAAAAGCACAACACCCAGUUCACUAUCCAAUUUUCCUUGUGUUACUUUACUGAAAUGUCAGAACGAGUUUCCGAUAACUCGAACCGGUCUACUGGUAGAUAACGCUCAAGAAACCAUGAUGAGAAAAGCCAAACAAGAAUCGGAAAGCAACUCAGGAGCACUUUGUGCAGCCAGGCCUUUGAAAAACUUGGGAGGAGGAAGGAAAAGAAGGAACUGUGAGAAAGAACAGGAAAAGCCUGCAGAAGUAGUUCAUGUUAGAGCAAAACGUGGUCAAGCUACAGAUAGUCACAGUUUAGCAGAAAGGGUGAGAAGAGAGAAAAUCAACAACAAAUUAAAAUGCUUGCAAAACCUUAUUCCAGGAUGUCACAAGUCAAUGGGUAUGGCAAUGGUGUUGGAUGAGACAAUCAAUUAUGUUCAUUCACUACAGAAUCAGGUUGAGUUUCUCUCAAUGGAGCUUGCAGCUGCAUGUUCCUCUUUAGGCAUAAAUUUUGGCACGGGAGCUAUCAGAAAAGCUUAGGAAUCUUCUUCUGGAAUGGUGGGAGGAAGAUGCUUUUUUCUUUUUUCAUUUUGAAAAGUAAGCUACUUCCUUUAUGACAAAGAAGUACGACUAGGAGAAUGAAAGAAACUUAUAGACACUCAUUUAUUUCAGUUCACACAAGUUCUUCACUCACCUCACCUUUUUGUCUUCAUGUCUGCUUCUCCUUGCUCAAGAGAUUUUUCAAGCCCACGGCUAGCAGAUAUUGUCCAAUUUGAACUUUCUCUUUUGGGCUUCCUCUCAAGGUUUUUAAAACACGUCUACUAGAGAAAGAUUUCCACAUUCUUAUAUAGAAUGUUUCGUUCUCCCCCUCAAUCGAUGAGGGAUCUCACAACCUACCUCUAGAUAAUUUCUUUCAAGAGUUCGAGAAUUAAAUGAGAAUCUGCCAUUCCGACUGAAGAAGAAAAGAAACAAGGCAGGAAAGCGGAGGGGAGGGAUGCCAAGUGCAGUGAUAUUGAUAGAUCAACAGAAAAACGGUGUUGAUUGGCCAGGGGAACAAGGUUAGGAGUGGGAUGGGUUCAAAAAGAAGAAGGAUAAAAAAUAGUUUUUGUCCAGACUUAACAAAAAUAUCUAAGAAUAUGGUGGAUCAAUUGAGCCAUUUUGAUUGGUCAAAGCUAAAAUCCCAGGCAGUAAAACCAUAUAUUAAUGUUGAAGUACUGAUGUUUAAGCUUUAAGCAUAACCCUGCAGGGAACAAGAUCACAUGAGGAACAGGCGACAGAGAAAUAGAUGAGGAACUGAUAAAGAGAACACAGUUGCUUCCACUUCAGUAAGCCCUUUUGACUGCAAAUGGGGCAUUUGAUAUCUCUAGGCAAACAAGAUAGUGUUUUCUCACAAGUCUACAAAAUGUCGAAAACAAAUCUAUCAGAGAGUGAUGUAUCAAUUUUACAUCCUACUGUAAAUUGCAUAAAGCAGAACAGUGCAACCAAUUACCUAAUAUUGGCUAUGUCUGAUGGGAUUUUGUUAUCCUGUCUGCAAAUCAUGUCUACUUUUUUAGAC